AUGGAGCCAGGAAACCAAACUGGAGUGAAUACCUUCAUCCUUGGUGGGCUACCAAACACCACCCAACUCCCGAUUCUCUUCUUCCUUAUCUUCUUGAUUAUCUACUUACUGACAGUGCUGGGAAAUCUCCUGAUCUUCUUCACCAUCUUGUCUGAAUCCCAACUUAACCAUCUCCCCAUGUAUUUCUUUCUCUGCAACCUCUCCUUCCUUGACACAUGCCUCUCCUCUGUCACGGUUCCCAAAAUUUUAGCAGGUUUCUUAACGUCCAGAUAUAGAACCAUCUCUUUUGCAGGUUGCAUCAUCCAACUCUAUGCCUUCCAUUUCCUGGCAAGCACCGAAUGUUUCCUUUAUACCGUGAUGGCUUACGACCGCUACCUUGCCAUCUGCAGCCCAUUGAACUAUGCCACGCGCAUGAACAGGAGAGUCUGCUCCGGGCUUACAGCCGGCACAUGGCUCACUGGUUCCUUUCAUGCUGCCAUACAUACCAGCCUAACUUUUCGACUGCCCUACUGUGGACCCAACCAUGUUGACUAUUUCUUUUGCGAUAUACCCCCGGUGCUAAAGCUGGCCUGUGCCGACACAGCUGUGAACCACACCGUCAUAUUAGCCAACAUCGGAAUAGUAGCUGCUGGCUGUUUUAUGCUCAUCUGCAUUUCCUAUGCUUACAUUGCAGCCGCCAUUUUGAAAAUCCAAACAACGCAGGGAAGACAUCGGGCCUUCUCCACGUGCAGUGCUCACCUCACAGUGGUGCUGCUAUAUUAUGGGCCUCCAGUCUUUAUAUAUAUGCGCCCGUCUUCAAGUGACUCCACCUAUGGGGCACUGGCUGUGUUCUACACCAUCGUCACCCCGAUGUUGAACCCAUUCAUAUACACGUUGAGGAACAAGGAAGUGAAAAAUGCUUUGUGGAAACUUUUCAGUGGACACACAGUUCUUCAGGACAGAUAG